AUGGGUCAGAAACGUGGACGCGACACAAAGGCUUUGGCCGAUGAGUCCAAGAAGCGCAAGAAGGGCGCCAAGGUUGCCACGACCUCGGACGACGAGGGCGUUGUUGGCCUGGAGGACUUAAACUGGAAGGAAGUUGCUAUGCCUGAUCGCAUGGAGGACGCAACUGGUUUCUUCGGCCUGGAGGAAAUUGACGGUGUCGAUGUCAUUCGAUCAAAUGGACAUGGACAGGUGCUUUUCAAGGCCAAGGCUGGCAAACCGAAGAAUUCAAUUGUGAAGCCACCUUCCGAGGACGAUGAUGGUGAAGAAUGGGGUGGGAUCAGCGAUACAGAGGUUGAUGAGACCGACAAAAUCGAGGAGACGCCUACACCCGCCACCGACAAGGAACAGCCAGUCGGUGUUUUGAAGAAAAGUACCAAACAGGACGACAAGAAAAAGAAGCUCAAGGAGAAAAGAGACGCCAAGAAGAAGGAAAAGAAAGAACAAAAGGCUCAAGAGACCAAGGUAAAAGAGGCCGAACCCGCACAAGAUCCUAAUCUGAAAUCCAGUCUCUCCUUCGCGACACUUCUGGAGCAGGCCGAGGAGGAUGACGGCGUCGAUGUAUCCGAAUGGGACAAGCUCAAUCUGUCGCCUGAGAUCUUGACCGGUCUAUCCAAAAUGAAGUUCUCUAUGCCGUCUGCCAUCCAGAAAGCCUCUAUUCCUGUUAUCAUGGAGGGCCAUGACGUGAUUGGGAAGGCCUCGACUGGUUCCGGUAAAACACUGGCUUUUUCCAUUCCUAUUCUCGAACACUACCUGGACAAGCACGAAAAGACGAUCGACCAAGGCGAGAAGUCCAAGAGACCCCCAUUGGCUCUUAUUUUGUCCCCAACCAGAGAGUUGGCUGUUCAAUUAUCAAAGCACAUUGGAGAAUUAGUUGCGAACUCACCAAACACCGACGCGCGCAUUGCCCUUUUGACCGGUGGUCUAUCCAUUCAGAAGCAGCAAAGGCAACUCGCUAAUGCCGAUAUCGUCGUUGGCACACCCGGCCGUGUGUGGGAGAUUUUGAGCACUGGAACAGGAUUGAUUCGUAAGAUGCAAGGCAUCCGUUUCCUCGUCAUUGAUGAAGCCGAUCGGCUGCUUAGCGAGGGUCACUUCAAAGAGGUUGAAGAGAUUCUUGGUGCUUUGGAUCGAAAAGAGCAGGGCGAUUUCCCUGAUAUGGACGAGGAGGCGGAGAAGGAAAAAGAAGAGCCCAAUGUCCGGCAAACGCUCGUUUUCUCGGCUACCUUUAACCGUGAGUUGCAGACGAAGCUCGCAGGCAAGGGACGAUGGUCAGGAGGGGAUAUGAUGGACCAGAAGCAGUCUAUGGAGUAUCUUCUCAAGAAGCUCAACUUUAGAGAGGAGAAGCCCAGGUUUAUCGAUGUCAACCAAGGAAAGCAAAUGGCCGAGGGCCUCAAGGAGGGGAUUGUGGAAUGUCCUGCUAUGGAAAAGGAUCUCUAUCUCUACUCGCUGCUUCUGUAUCACCCGAAGCACCGCACUCUUGUCUUCACCAACUCAAUUGCCGCCGUGCGGCGCAUUACACAGCUGCUACAAACCCUCCAACUCCCGGCACUUGGUCUCCACUCCUCUAUGGCUCAGAAGGCCCGACUCCGCUCAGUCGAGCGCUUCUCAUCACCUGUCGCGGACCCGAGCUCGAUCCUAGUUGCCACGGAUGUUGCAGCCCGUGGUCUUGAUAUCAAGGGAAUCGAUUUCGUCAUCCACUACCAUGCGCCUCGCGCCGCAGACGCCUACGUUCACCGAUCCGGUCGUACUGCCCGUGCCGGUGCUUCGGGCAAGAGUGUCAUUAUUUGUUCCCCCGAUGAGGUCGUCAGUGUCGCCCGUCUAGCCGCCAAGAUCCACGCCAAGCGAAACAAGGACGAUGGUCCACAAAAGAGACUACCUCUCGAGUCUCUUGAGAUCGACCGUCGGGUCAUUUCCCGUGUCCGUACACGUAUCAAUCUUGCUCAGAAGAUCACCGAUGCCAACAUCGCCAAGGAGAAGGUCUCAUCAGAGGACAACUGGCUCCGUGCUGCGGCUGAGGAUCUUGGUGUUGAGUACGAUAGCGACAAUUUCGAUGAGUCUGAGGGCAAGGGCCGUGGCCGCGGUGGUGGUCGACAAAGGCGAGACAGGCAGAAUAGCGAGAUCACCAAAGGUGAGCUCGCCGGUCUACGCGCCGAGCUGAAAAGCCAACUUGCCGAGCGGGUGAACAUUGGUGUCAGCGAGAAGUAUCUCACUGCCGGAAGAAUCGAUAUCGAGGCUCUGCUUCGUGGCGAGGGUAACAACGCCUUCUUGGGUAAUCUCGACCCCUUGGGCUUCUAA